AUGAGUUCACAACCCGAACCGUUGGAUAGGUCCGCCACUAUAGCUCAACCUGAGACUGCAAAUUUGGGGGUCCAACUGACCGAGAUGCUUGCUAAGUUCAGCGAGAUGACCACUGAGAUGGCGGCCCAGAGGAAAUUAAUUGAUCAGCUUAUCAGCGGUGGUGUUCAACCCGAACCCGCACCUGUCAGUCAACCGGAACCAGAAUCGUUUGUCAUACCCACCACUCAAACCACUUUUACUCCAUCCUUCAUUAUUCCACCCGAAGAAACCUUCACCUAUACCACUGCAAAUUUGACAUACACUUACCCGCCUAAUCCUUCAUUCUUUCCUACUCACAUGCAAGGUCCACAACCCCAAAUCACUUCGAAUAUACCCCCCGAGCCACAUACCUUUUAUCACACCACUGCAGAGCCUUUCCUGCCAGACCACACUGUCCAAGCUAAACCAGAAGUAGGAGAAUCUUCUGCUCCUGUGGAUAUGAAGUUGCUCAAGCGCCUGGACCGUUUUGACGAAUUUAUGAGGAAGAGGGCACCUGGUCACUCCACUGCCAAUUGCCGACUUUUCAAGCAUAAAAUUCAAGACAUGUUAGAAGCAGGGGAAAUCGUGAUUAAGAAAAAAGAAGAGCAAGGACUGAAUGUGAGCAAGAACCCCUUGCCGGAGCACGCCGAUACUAUUGGAGUUAUCAUGGAUAAUAAGGAAUUCGAAGAGCUUGUCCGAAGCAUGUCAAAUAAGACAGAAGUGUUUGGGAUAAUGGAUCAACCUUUUGAGAUAGAGGAAGCACCGUACGAGGAAGACAAAAAGCCCUUCAUUCUAGACCUAACUCUAUCUGAAAGUGAGGCCUUAGAACCUGUGGUAAUUGAAUUCCCAGAACAAGUGCCGGUUUUAAGUUUACGACAAGUGCCGAGGAAUUAUAGUGAGCCCGUUUUGCAAAUCAGGGGUAAGCAAAUUUUGAAGGAAGAAGUGUCUGCUGUUACGAGGUCAGGAAAGAUUGCAAGUUCAUCCACUGCCAGCGCCCCAAUCAAACUAAGCAACCAUGAGCCGACUCCAAAACCCGCUGUGGCCGAAAAAGAAGCAUGGGAUUUUCUCAAGAGGCUUAAAAGAAGCGAGUAUAAUGUGAUCGAACAGCUGAACAAAAUGCCUGCCCAAAUUUCCAUAUUAGACUUGCUUUUUUCCUCUGACUUGCACAGGGAUGCGUUACUUGAAGUUUUGACUAAAGCUCAGAUUCCCAAGGAUAUUUCAGUCGACAAUUUCUCGCACAUAGUUGGGAAUGUACUGACUUCCAAGCAAAUCACUUUCUCUGAUGAAGAGCUACCUGCAGAAGGAACUGGGCAUAACAAGGCUCUAUAUAUAGCUGUGAGGUGCAAUGGCAAAAUGUUGCCUAAAGUACUGAUUGACAAUGGGUCUGCUCUCAAUAUUUGUCCCUGGAACACUUUGAUCAAGUUAGGGUGCAAGGUGUCAAAUUAA